AUUUGGCGAUGGGAAUGGGAAUUUUUGGUGUGUUUCCAACAAACAGAAGCAACAACUUAUACAUAUUAUUUUCUCGCUUGAGUUUGAAAGGCAGUCAUUUCUAGAAAGCAACGAUCAGAAUUAUUGUUUAUUCCUAAAGACGCGAUUUUCGAUGGGACAAACGGGAAAAAAUAUCGAUGAAAAUAUCGUGCACACAAAAACGCAUCUUCAGACAUAACACCUAGAAUACACAUUUAAUGUUAAAGGAAAAGCAAAUCCUUUAUUGAUAUAUGCUUUAUUUUUCAAUUAUAAAUAAUCAUUUGGAGAUAAAAAGCUCUAAUGCAAACGAGUAGGAGAAUUCCUAGAGAGUACAUUUCUUCAUUAUUUAUAGUGUCAGUAUCAACUUUGCUCGGUUAUUAUACUCCAACACAAAAAUAAAAAUCCUGAUUACAAUCUAAAAAGCAAGAGAUUCCAAGCAACCUGGGUCGUAAACAUAUAUAAUACUGAAUGAAAACAUACUUCGGUAGGGUGCCGGUCAUAAUUAACGACAAAAUAAAGGUUUCUUAUGACAGAAAAGGGUUCGUCAGCUGUCAAUCAUUACACCAUACCUUCUACAUGUUUACAUCAUCGCGCUUUGCAUAAUAUAACUAAUAUGAUUCCGUUUAAAAUCACGAAACCAUCAACUUUAAACAGUAAACAGAGUUUAACGCUGAAGCAUUGUACGGGCGGUGAUUUGUCUUUGUUCUUUACAGAGGCGACUGGAUGGUAGACCUGGCGGAAGAGAGAUGAGUAUUUGACCUGGUAACCAAAUGGAUUGUUUGCAGUGCUCUUUGCAGAAAUAAUCCGACUGAUGGACUACGCUUGCAGAUUGCACAUUAAUCACAAAUUGAACUUGCUUUAAGCGAAAUUCAUUCUCAAGUAUUAUUCCACUGAUUACAAAAAUCCAUCGCAAUUGGUCAAGCCCCGGGCUAUAAGGGCAGAAUCUUCAAUGUUGGCGGUAUGAGCAGCUCAACUAGACCGGCCAGCCAGAAGCAGGAGCGACAUUUCAUUCACAAAACUACUCUUCUUCCCAUCCAUGACCAUAAAUGUUUCAAGCAACGACAAGUAGCGGUUACCGUUCAAACUCCAUCUUCAGCAAAGCCAGUGUCAUCAGUAAUAUCAAUUUUAACUGCACAAAGCGAGAGUCAGGUCGUCUGACGUCUUAUCAGUUAGAGGAAGUGCGAGCAAAGGCGUCUAUCGCUCAAAGACGCUCUGCUGGAGAUAAAAGGGUUACGUUUAAUGUGAGCGGAAGACGUUUCGAAACCUGGGAAAGCACACUCAAGCGAUUUCCCAACACAGUGUUAGGGAGCAAAAUGAUCCAAAGGUUCUACGACACCAACACAAAGGAGUAUUUUAUUGACCGUGAUCCCUACCUAUUCAGAUUUGUUCUGAAUUAUUAUCGGAAUGGUAGGCUACACUGCUCGCAAGAGGAUUGCCCGGCGGCGUUCGAAGAGGAGCUAAAUUUUUACGGGCUCUCGCUGUUUGAUGUUAAAGACUGCUGCUGGGAGGUGGCGAACCCAAAAGAAAAACACAUUCUCGUGGAAGAGGACGAGGAUUUUAUAUUCCCUGGAGAGUUGCUCAAAUGCAAGGAAAACACAGAGGUUUAUUGCGAACCCAAAUACACUCUCAAGCAGAAAAUAUGGAGACUGAUCGGGCCAUCUAAAACAACGAAAGGAGGUGUAUUAUUUCAUAUCUUUUACGGGUUUUUCAUAUUCAUAAACGUCCUAAUUGUCACUCUAGAAACCCUAAAAUGCGGACACAAACAAACGUGUGGCGAGAAGUACUCCAAAACCUUUUUUACAGUUGAUUCUGUUUGUGUGGCCGUAUUCACAGCUGAACUAUCUGUACGGUUCUACGUUUGUCCAAAGAAGAAAAAGUUCUUCAAGGGCGUGAUGAAUGUUAUUGACAUCCUGGCAGUUAUCCCCUACUACAUAAGCUUAAUUGUCGAAUCGUUUGGCGGAGACACCAGCUUUUUACAGAUUUUGAAAGUUUUGAGGGUAUUACGGAUUCUCAAACUGACAAGAAACUCAAGAAGGUUGCGGUGCCUUUUACUAACCCUCCGCCGGUGCGCGGUUGAUAUUGUAUUCCUCUACUGCAUUUGCUUUCUAGCUAUUAUUUUAUUUGGGACCAUGCUGUUUUAUCUGCAAGAAGCGUCAGAGCCCAAGCAGUUCGGCAGCAUCCCGGAGUCCUUCUGGUAUAUCUGCGUCACCUUAAUGACAGUCGGGUACGGCGAUGUUGUGCCUCGCUCCAUAGCUGGCAAGCUGAUAGGCAGCGUAUGCUGUGUUUCCGGAGUGGUCCUACUGGCUUUACCGAUACCGAUACUACAGGAAAAACAAGUUCCCUGUACGUUGGAAGCGGUGAAAUCCCGACAUAAAACGCGUCAGAGGGAAGAGACUGGGCGAGAAUGCGAACAAUGUUUACUCCGACCUGAUAAGGGCUUCUCGAGUGCAUUUACCAAUGACGACUGUUUUCCUAGUCUCGUGCAGCACUGUACUAAGGCAAAGGUAAUGAUUAAAAGUGACACAUAUGCGAGAUGAUGGCGGCUAUCUUGACGACGAUCAUGAUGGCGAUGACGUAAAACUUGAAACUCAGGAACGCCAAUUGAUAAGAUUCAGUAAAGUUAAUAACUAUGGAUUCAGUAAAGGAGUUUAUGGAUCAGAUAGACAGAUUAUUUAAGGGACAGACUAGCUUUGAGCUUAAAGUUUUAAGCAUCUUUCCAGUUUAGUUUCCUUCUAAAGUACGUGCAGGAUAUCUUACUCAUUAGUCAUUUUAGAAUUUUGAUUACGGUGUUCCAGUUGUGCAUGUAUUUAUUUACCAAACCCGUGACUGCUUUUUAAGUAAGCCAAUAAGAUGCAAAAAAUUUGAUUUCUGGCGGAAAUGAACUUUUUUCUGAUGCGCAUGCGCAACUCAGCGUUAUGACGAUGAAAAUGACAAAUAGGGAAUUUUGUAACACAAGUUUGCACUAGUUACAACAACAACAACAACAACAACAACGACAACAACAGCAACAACGACAGCGACAAUAACAAUAAUGACUUUAUUCUGUUUAUCCACUAGGCACUUUAUCUGAAUCCAGUGGAUAAUUAAAAUAUACAAAGUAAAAUUCAUAUAUUACUUAUAUUAGUCCAUAAUAAAAAUAAUUAAACUUCUUUAAUAAAAAUAACUACUUAUUAACCGUGAGCGCGCGGUCUGUACAGAGAAAUAUUACUCCGCAGGCUUUUUGUACAGAGGUGAGCGUACAAUUGCGACUCGUGCGCGACGGAAAGUUGACAAAGAUCCGUAAAUAUCGCGUCCUCAACGAGAAAAUUCGCGAGCAGUGGAGGCUUUGCAUGGACGGAGGCCAAACGGCGACAGCACUUCUCAAGUCCUACACCAAGCUGUAUGUUGGGCAGCAUCUUAACUUUCGCAGAAUGUGCGGUCAUUUACUGUAUCACGUGGCCCAGCGCGCCGCAUCACGUGGCCCAGCGCGCCGCAUCACGUGGCCCUGCGCGCCGCAUCACGUGGCCCAGCACGCCGCAUCACGUGGCCCAGAUGGUUGAUUGGACAGGCGAAAUACAAA